GAAGCAGCCAAAUGGGCGAGAGGUACGCACGCAAGCAAGAGACUGGCUGAGAACUUUGGAAACAGCGCAACCAUCAAAGCACCCGGAUACGCAGUCCUCAUAGAAAACGCACCGCUCUACUUCAACCCCGACGACGACGACGAGGUCACCAAGGUAGCAAGAGCGAACGGCUGGGAAGAACAGGACAUCAUCCGAGUAAGAUGGAUCAAAGACCCAACCAGGCGACACCCGCAACAAACGUCUGCGCACCUCGCCGCAACGCUGCGCACGGAGAAGAUCGCUAACGAAGCUAUCGGAUUCGGAAUCACAGUGCGCGGAAAGAGAUGCAUAGUUCGGAGACUGAUCAAAGAAAUCACCAGAUGCAACAAAUGCCAGCUCAUCGGCAGACACUUCGCGGCGCAGUGCCAGUCAGUACACGACACUUGCGGAACAUGCGGCAGCAUCGAACACGCCACGAAGGCUUGCGACCUCGCCAACGAUCGCGAGAAGCACUACUGCGUCAACUGCCGAACGAAAGGACACGCGUCAUGGAGCCGCGACUGCUCGACCUUCAAAGCUAAGAACCGGGAAUACCAAGCACGGAACGCUGAAAACGAUUACAGGUUCUUCGUCACCGACACUCCGGAUACGUGG